CUCCGGAGGAAGCAGAGCGCGCCAGUGCAGAGAGAGGCCGGACCCCCUCCGGACCCUCCUCCGGACCCUCCUCCGGACCCCCGGGCCUUCACCGCCCCGACAGCUUUUUCCUCGACGACCCCAGGGCCUCGACCCCCCCCAAUGCAACUGAUCCCGCUCCUGGUGUGUUUGUCCAUUUUGUUGGACUGUACCUUUGCUCAGAACUGUGCAAAGUGUCACAUGAAUGCGAAAUGUGAAAUUCGAAAUGGAGUUGAAGGCUGCUACUGUUCCACAGGAUUUACGGGAAAUGGCAUAGCAAUCUGCAAAGAUGAUAAUGAAUGUGAAAAUGCUACGCAGCCUUGUGGUGAGAAUGCCAACUGCACUAAUACAAUGGGAAGUUAUUACUGCAUGUGUGCACCUGGUUUCCGAUCCAGCAGUAACCAAGACAGGUUUGUAACUAAUGAUGGCACCACCUGUGUAGAUAUAGAUGAGUGCAGCGAAGCAGUCACUGUUGCCUGUGGUGAUCAUGCGAAAUGUGAAAACGUUGUUGGAGGAUAUAACUGUUCCUGUAAGGAAGGUUAUCAACCAUCCACAGGAAAAUUGCAGUUUAAGCCAAAUGAUGGCACUUACUGCCAAGAAAAUAUGAAGGAAAAGUGCCAUUUAGAUGAUGCCUGUGUUGCUGCAAAUGUUAAUAAAACAUUAUCUGAAAUUAGACAUAUAAAAGAACCAGUGACUUUACUGCAAGAAAUCUACAAGGGCUCUGCAGAAGAACUUUCACCAGUAGAUAUAAUUACAUACAUAGAAGUAUUAGCCCUUUCUUCUCCAUUGCUAAGUGUUAUGAAUAACACUAUCUCUGACAAGGAACUAGUCACUAAUACAACUAUUAACGUUUUUGUUAAUGUCGCAAAUAACCUUGUUCAAAAAGAUAAAAUUACCAUUUGGAACAAGCUCUCUACAGACAACAGGAGAAAAAGUCUCACUAAACUGAUGCACACCGUGGAACAAGCAAUACUAAAUGUGUCCCAGAAUUUUAAAAAGACAACCCAGAUAGAGGUUAAUUCGAGUGAUAUGGCUCUCAAAGUUUUUGCUUUUGAUUCACACCACAUCAAACACAUUCACCAUCAUGUAAGCAUGGAAGGAGAUUAUAUAAAAAUCUACUCAAGGAAAAAAGAUGUGCAUGACUCAAAUGGCACCGUUGCAGUUGUAUUUUUACGUUAUGACAGUAUUGGCUCUUUGCUUUCAUCCUCUGAAAACUCCUUCUUGGAAAUUCAGAAUUCUGACAGUUCAGAGCAACAGGAAAUAGUAAUCUCUUCAAUCAUAGCUGUCACAAUUAGCUCAAGCCCACCUACAUUCUACCAACUUGAGAAAAUUACUUUUACAUUAAAUCAUUUAAGGACAGCAGAUAAAGACAGUAGUAAAUGUGCAUUUUGGAACUAUUCACCCGACACAAUGAAUGGCAAUUGGUCUACCGAAGGCUGUGAAGUGACCCAUUCUAACUCCACUCAUACCUCAUGUAAAUGUAACCAUCUGACACAUUUUGCUAUUUUGAUGUCCUCUGGUAGCUCUCUUGGAAUUACCAAUUACAAUAUUCUUACAAGAAUCACUCAACUAGGAAUAAUUAUUUCACUGAUCUGCCUUGCCAUAUGCAUCUUUACUUUCUGGUUCUUCAGUGAAAUUCAAAGCACAAGAACAACAAUUCACAAAAAUCUCUGCUGUAGCCUGUUUCUGGCCGAACUUGUUUUUCUUGUUGGGAUCAACACGAACAGUAAUAAGCUCUUCUGUUCAGUCAUUGCUGGAUUGCUACAUUAUUUCUUUUUAGCUGCCUUUGCAUGGAUGUGCAUUGAAGGCAUACACCUCUAUCUCAUAGUUGUUGGAGUCAUCUACAACAAGGGAUUCUUGCACAAGAAUUUUUAUAUAUUUGGCUACCUAAGCCCAGCAGUGGUAGUUGGAAUUUCAGCAGCAUUAGGCUAUAGAUAUUAUGGCACCACCAAAGUAUGCUGGCUCAGCACAGAAAAUAACUUCAUUUGGAGUUUUAUAGGACCAGCAUGUCUUAUAAUUCUAGUUAACCUCCUGGCUUUUGGAGUGAUUAUAUACAAAGUGUUUCGACAUACUGCAAUGUUAAAACCAGAAGUUAGUUGCUAUGAAAACAUAAGGUCGUGUGCCCGGGGUGCCCUGGCCCUCUUGUUCCUGCUUGGAGCUACCUGGAUCUUCGGCGUUCUCCACGUGGUCCAGGGGUCAGUGGUGACGGCAUACCUUUUCACCAUCUGCAAUGCAUUUCAGGGGAUGUUCAUCUUCCUAUUCCUUUGUGUGUUAUCUAGAAAAAUCCAAGAAGAAUACUAUAGGUUAUUCAAAAAUGUACCUUGUUGUUUUGGAUGUUUACGGUAAACACAAGGGAAGAUGCAGAAAUAACCUCUUGUAGGGAAGCAAAGACUGCCAUCUAAUAUUAUCAAGACAAGCAAUAUUGCCAAAAUAUGGAAUGACCUAUUGAAUGGUUAAACUUUAUGACUCAAUCACUUUCUCUACAGCCUAGGAACUGUAGUUAGACGAUCAAAUCAUGUUUAAUAUACUUACUGUAUCUAUACUGUACACUCUUAUAAGUCAUGGGUUUUCAAGCAGAGUAUUGCAUAGAAGUGGAAAGAAAUUGAAUUCUUAAAAGAGCUAUAGCUGUUUCCAAGCUCAGAUAUUAGUUCUAACAUGAGAAAUAUCUGAAUAUCAUAAAAGAACCAACUGAUAUAUACAUUUUUGUGAAUCAUUUUGCCUUUUGAAACGUUACCCCCUGCCUUCCGCAAUAACGAGCUUCUUUACAUAAAGUGGACUAUUAUAAGAAGAAUGAAGAGGCACCGGAUCAGAAUAUUAAAAGAAAAUGGCUUGCAACACAAUUCUCCCCCUUGAAAACUUUGAUAUAUAAAAUAAAUGAGAGAUUCUGAAAGCAAAUAAAUAAUUGUAGAAAGUCUGCAAAUUGUCAGUCUUGCAUGAAGUAGAAUUUCUGAGGAAAACAGCUUAGGCCACUUUGAUAAAUGGGUUUUCUUCUGUGAAUGCUUUGACAGGGGCUUGGUUCCUUUUUAAAUUCACAGUUAAACUGCAGGUGCACUUCAUUGUUAUUCACUGCUGCAACUUCAGGUGUUUAAGCCAAAAAAAAAAUGUUGGAUAAGUUUGUAAUUUUAUAAAAUGUUUGAAAUUCUGCCCUUCUUUGUCAAAAUCAAAUUGCAGAAAGUGCCUUUCAGUGCAGGAACAUAAUACAAGCAGAUUCAUUCAUUCAUUCAUAUUUAUUGAGUGCUUACUGUAUGCAGAGCACUGUACUAAGCACUUGGAAAGUACAAUUCGGCAACAAAUAGAGACAAUCCCUACCCAACAAUGGGCUCACAGUCUAGAAGGGGGAGACAGACAACAAAACAAGUAGACAGGCUUCAAUAGCAUAGACAGGCAUCAGAUACAUAGAAAAAAAGAUAUUUUAUAAAAUUUUAUAUUCUACUAGUUUUUUUAAUCUUUUUUAUUGCAGUGAAUAUACACUAGUUUGGUGGGUUGGUCGGGGAGGAGUUUGUACUUUACUUUUUUGUGCUCUAAAUGCCAUAGAGCUUAUUACCAGACUUCCUUUUAAAUAUCUGUACUCUGUAUGAGAAACCAUUGUAAAUAUGUAGCUGUUCAUAAAUGGAAAAUUUGUCCUUUUUGUUUAAAAAAAUACGUCUUUUAAAAAUGUGUUAUUUAUAACAAAGAAAUCAGGAGUUCUGCAGUUUUCUCUGUUUCAUUUUGCUAUAGAGUUCUUAUUAUUUUAUGGAAUAUGUCCACCUAAAUAUACUGUCUGUAUCUGCUUAAAAUUUUCUCACUGGAAAACGUGACAAUUUUGCCUGUUUUUUCUAAAAGUAAUUAUUGUUGCACCCCUGAAUGAAAAAAGUGUUUAUACAUGGAAGUUUCAGCUUUAGAUUUUCAAAAAUUGUCUUAAUUUCAUUUUGGUAUUUUAAAAAUGAAGUUUAAAGUGAAAAAGCACCCAUCUCCAAUAAACUUAUCACCUGAAUGUUUUGUCUCA